GCCAGAAGUCAUUUGUCUGGACUGUUUGUCUUUUAAUUUUUAUUUUAUUUUUUAUUUUUCAUAAACCUAAGCUGCUCAGCUGGGAUGGAAACAUUAGCACUCUCUCUUUGUCCUUGAAGCGGCAGCCAGGGGAAUGUGUUCAUGAUGGUAAACUGCAGCAGUGUGCAGGGAAUCUGUGGAGGGUGACUGACAAAUUUGGGCAAGAUGAAUCCUUGGCAUGCUGAGGGUGCACUCUCAGAAUCCGGAAGGGCCGGGGCUGGGCGGCCCACAUAGCAAACUAUUCUCUCUUUCCAGGUGAAGACGAGCACCCCUGUUUAAGUUUAUCUAUUCAUGGGGCUGAAAAGUGUUUGCAAAUCCAUCAACGGCGAAGUGUGGCAAGCCGCCCAGGAUCACGUCGCCUGCCUGUGGUUAGGCAUUCCUCACUUCCACCAGGCAGAAGGUCAAUAAAAAUGGAGGCAAGCUCUUCUGGAAUCACUAGUGGGAAAACCAAAGUCUUCCACCCAGUGGCCAAGGAUGUCAAUAUUCUUUUUGAUGAAUUAGAAGCUGUCAACAGCCCUUGCAAAGAUGACGAUUCUCUGCUUCAGCCUGGAAACCUAACCAGUACUUCAGAUGAUGCUAGCAGAUUGGAAGCAGGAGAGACAGUGCCAGAAAAAAACAAAUCAAAUGGACUUUACUUCAGAGAUGGAAAGUGUCGAAUUGACUAUAUUCUUGUGUACAGAAAAUCCAACCCACAGACCGAAAAGAGAGAAGUAUUUGAAAGAAAUAUUAGAGCAGAAGGAUUACAAAUGGAGAAAGAGUCCUCUCUAAUAAAUAGUGACAUUAUCUUUGUGAAGUUGCAUGCCCCAUGGGAAGUGCUUGGAAGAUAUGCAGAACAAAUGAAUGUAAGAAUGCCUUUCAGGAGAAAAAUCUAUUACCUGCCCCGCCGGUACAAGUUCAUGAGCAGGAUCGAUAAACAAAUAAGCAGGUUUCGGAGAUGGUUACCUAAGAAGCCCAUGAGGCUGGACAAGGAGACACUGCCAGACCUGGAGGAGAAUGACUGCUACACUGCCCCUUUCAGCCAGCAAAGGAUCCACCACUUCAUCAUACACAACAAAGACACUUUCUUCAACAAUGCCACAAGAAGUAGAAUCGUACAUCAUAUUUUACAAAGAAUAAAGUAUGAAGAAGGAAAAAACAAAAUUGGUCUGAAUCGUUUGCUUACCAAUGGCUCCUAUGAAGCUGCAUUUCCUCUGCAUGAGGGAAGUUACAGAAGUAAAAACUCCAUUAGAACCCACGGAGCGGAAAACCACCGACAUCUGCUCUAUGAGUGCUGGGCCUCCUGGGGCGUGUGGUAUAAAUACCAGCCUUUGGAUCUUGUAAGGCGGUACUUUGGAGAGAAGAUUGGGUUGUAUUUUGCCUGGUUGGGCUGGUACACCGGCAUGCUCUUCCCAGCUGCCUUCAUUGGAUUGUUUGUCUUUUUGUAUGGAGUCAUUACUCUGGAUCACUGCCAAGUCAGUAAAGAAGUCUGCCAAGCUACAGAUAUCAUCAUGUGUCCCGUGUGCGAUAAAUAUUGUCCAUUCAUGAGGCUGUCAGAUAGCUGCGUUUAUGCCAAGGUAACUCACCUCUUUGAUAAUGGAGCCACUGUCUUCUUUGCUGUCUUCAUGGCAGUCUGGGCAACAGUUUUCCUGGAGUUCUGGAAAAGACGGCGAGCCGUAAUUGCCUAUGACUGGGAUCUGAUAGACUGGGAAGAAGAGGAGGAAGAAAUACGGCCCCAGUUUGAAGCCAAGUACUCCAAGAAAGAGCGAAUGAAUCCCAUUUCGGGAAAGCCAGAACCAUAUCAAGCAUUUGCAGAUAAAUGCAGCCGACUUAUCGUUUCUGCAUCUGGGAUAUUUUUUAUGAUCUGUGUGGUGAUUGCUGCCGUGUUCGGGAUCGUCAUUUACCGGGUGGUGACUGUCAGCACUUUUGCUGCCUUCAAGUGGGCAUUAAUCAGGAAUAACUCUCAGGUUGCAACCACAGGGACUGCCGUGUGCAUCAACUUCUGCAUCAUUAUGCUGCUGAAUGUGCUUUAUGAAAAAGUUGCGCUUCUUCUGACAAAUUUAGAACAGCCUCGCACAGAGUCUGAGUGGGAGAACAGCUUCACCCUGAAAAUGUUUCUUUUCCAAUUUGUCAAUCUGAACAGCUCCACAUUUUACAUCGCAUUCUUCCUUGGAAGAUUUACAGGACACCCAGGUGCCUACUUGAGGCUGAUAAACAGAUGGAGACUAGAAGAGUGCCACCCUAGUGGAUGCCUUAUUGAUCUCUGUAUGCAAAUGGGUAUUAUAAUGGUGCUAAAGCAGACCUGGAAUAAUUUCAUGGAACUUGGCUACCCGUUAAUUCAGAAUUGGUGGACCAGAAGGAAAGUACGACAAGAACGUGGGCCUGAAAGAAAAAUAAGUUUCCCACAGUGGGAAAAGGACUACAAUCUUCAGCCCAUGAAUGCCUAUGGACUCUUCGAUGAAUACUUAGAAAUGAUUCUUCAGUUUGGAUUCACAACUAUCUUUGUGGCAGCUUUUCCCCUAGCACCACUUCUGGCCUUACUGAAUAACAUAAUUGAAAUUAGACUCGAUGCUUACAAAUUUGUCACACAGUGGAGGCGACCUUUAGCUUCAAGGGCCAAAGACAUAGGAAUUUGGUAUGGCAUCCUUGAAGGCAUUGGAAUUCUCUCGGUUAUUACAAAUGCAUUUGUCAUAGCGAUAACAUCUGACUUUAUCCCUCGCUUGGUGUAUGCUUAUAAGUAUGGACCUUGUGCAGGCCAAGGAGAAGCUGGACAAAAGUGCAUGGUUGGCUAUGUAAAUGCCAGCUUAUCUGUGUUUCAAAUUUCUGACUUUGAGAACCGAUCUGAGCCUGAGUCUGAUGGCAGUGAGUUCUCGGGGACUCCUCUCAAAUACUGCAGAUACCGAGACUACCGUGACCCUCCUCAUUCACUGGUGCCCUAUGGCUACACACUGCAGUUUUGGCAUGUUCUAGCAGCUCGAUUGGCUUUUAUCAUUGUGUUUGAGCAUCUCGUGUUUUGUAUAAAGCACCUCAUUUCAUAUCUGAUCCCAGACCUCCCAAAAGAUCUAAGGGAUCGAAUGAGAAGAGAGAAGUACUUGAUUCAGGAGAUGAUGUAUGAAGCAGAGCUGGAGCGUCUCCAGAAGGAACGAAAGGAGAGGAAGAAAAAUGGAAAAGCACACCACAAUGAGUGGCCGUGACCAGGUAGUCAUUCAUUUCCAAGCCAAGGACCUGAAUUCUGUUUACUUCUCCCAGCUGUGCAAAAGCACAUUCAAGUGAAUGACUAAAACGCAACCGCAGUGCAUGUCGCAGACAUUGGCAGCAGCAGGGUUGUCAGCACCCUUAAAGGACUACCUGGGAAAUCACGCUGCUGGGAAAUCACAUUGCAGCACACAAUUGCUAUCUAUCCAUAGACCAUUCUUGACCAAGCAAGCAUGCACGUCAUGGGCAGUUACAUUCUCAAGUUUUUAAAACCAAGGGGAACUUGUAUACUGGGCCUGUUUUUCAGCCUGUUUGCUACCUUUUUUGCAUUCUACCCCAUGUGAAUUUUACAGACACUGGGCUAAUAAGGGUAUUCAGACACCUGGACACACAUUCCUAGAAUGUCAUCAUAUGGUCCUACUUCCAUGUCACCAAACGAAACAGACAAGACCCUGUUUACAACUUUUUCUUUUUUUUUUAAUUUCAGAUCUUUCUGAGAUUAUUAUAUAUGACAUAUCUAUAGCUAUGUGUAUGGCCAUAGAUGUAUUUCUGUGUGUACAUAUGUAUAGUCCUGUAUUCUUACAUAUGUACAUACAAAUACAGAGAUAUAUAAAGUACAUAGCAAUUCCUUACUUGUAAAUAGCCAAAGGGUACUGACAUGAAUGAUAAAUUUUCACAUUUAAAUAGUCAUCAACAUGAAGCCAUGUUUAAUGCUUGUAUAAUGUGAUGCAAUAAAAUUUAAAAUAAAUUUAUGCACAUGGAA